UCAUUACCUUAAAGUAAAAAGGAAAAACUGUAUGAAGCUAUAGUUAUGAUAUAUACGGUAGCUUCUUUAUUGUGACAACCAAACUGUUCAAAAGUGCUCAAUGUGGCGGGUGUAUUACUAAAAUAAUUAUUUUACUUUCCAUUUGGUGAAAGUGGAUUCAAAGUUGAUUCGCUUAAGUAUACAAUGGAAACUCAAAAUUGACAUAAUAUUACAAAUAACAUUGGUUUUAUUCGGAUAAUUGUACCGCAAAACUAAAAAUAAUGUCUUCCAUUAUCAUCAUUGCCCUCACAUAUUGGUUAUUUUUCUUUACUGCUAAUUUGCCCGCUUGUAAUGGACACGGUCGAUUGAUUGAACCACCUAGUAGAGCGUCAGCAUGGAGAUAUGGAUUUCAGACGCCACCUAAUUACAAUGACCACGAAUUAUAUUGCGGUGGAUUUACACGUCAAUGGAAGCAAAACAACGGCAAAUGCGGUGAGUGCGGCGACGCAUGGGAUUUGCCUAAGCCAAGACCUCAUGAGUUCGGUGGAGCUUGGGGAAAAGGUGUAAUCGUAAGGAAAUAUUCACCAGAGUCUGUUAUGCUUAUUCGUGUUGAACUCACAGCUAGCCACAUGGGGUAUUUCGAGUUUCGUAUUUGCCCACAGCAAGCUGCCAAGCAGGACUGCCUUGAUCAGCAUUUGUUGAAAAUAAACUCAGGAUUGCCUAGUCAAUCAAUGCCAACUGAUCUUGAAACUAGAUUUUAUCCGAGAAAUGGAAGUUUAAUAUAUGAUAUUAAAGUGCAACUUCCUACAGGUUUGAAGUGUAAUCAUUGUGUGUUGCAAUGGCGUUAUAUAGCUGGCAAUAAUUGGGGUAUUUGUUCGGAUGGAAAUGGCGCAGUGGGUUGUGGGCCACAAGAAGAGUUUCGGGCUUGCUCUGACAUUGCAAUAAGUGAUACGGCAUACCAACCGGAUUCUCCUUCAGAACCAAAGCCAACAGAAAUUCCAAAACAAGGACAAACACCUUCAGAACCUAUCGAAGACUCAAAUUAUAUCACACUGAUAAUUACUUUGCUUUUGCUUAUAAUUUGCUUUACUGUUGUUGUGAUUGGGUAUUUGUUUAAAGAGAAUAUCACUACUUAUAUAAAAUUAAAUAUUUAUCCCAGACUUCGGAAAGCACGCCCUUUCUCAUUUAUUAAUACUGCAUUUAAAGCUUCAAAUACUGCUGAAAUAAAGACUACAUUGACGCCACCAAUACCACCACCAAGAUCUAAAAGAAACCCUCAAGUAUAGAACAACCAUUCGUUCGUUUUAGAGUUUAGAAAUACAUAUAAUAUUUACAUAAAUUAUAUAACUAUUAUGUUAACAUAAAAAUCUUAAUUUUUUAUUCAGAACUAUUUUUUAAUUAUUUCUAUAACAGUGAAUAUAUACAAGUUUUUGAAUCAAUAAAUUUUUAAACAUAUUAAAUAUAUAUAAUUGUGACUCACCAAAGAAAUUUGAAAAAAAAAAAUUAACUUAAAACAUAAAAAACAUUUCCAGUGACAUACUAUCUGCAUAGUUCCUUAAUUACUACUACACAUUUUGAGCUUUUUUUAUAUAUUAAAUUUUUUUAUAUUAUUUUAUAUAUUCUAAUCUAAAUACAAACUCCUCUUAUGUAAACGCAGUUAUUGUAUUCUAUAACAAAAUUGAUUAUUUACUUCCAAGCGACGUACUAUACUGAAUAUUAAAUUAUUAUGUGAAUUAACAACAAAGUUCGUUAUAUAAAUUAAUACGUUAAAUUAUAUUAUAGUAAGUUAUUCAAUACAGUAGAAUAUUAUUUCUAAAUAAAGUUAUAUCACAUAUAAAUUAAA